AUGACAUUGGUGAGGGGGUGGCUGCUGUUCUUGGCUUUCAACAUAAACCUGGCCCAGAAGAAUCUGGAAGAGGUGCCAGUGCAGCCAGGCUUUGAUUCACGUAAGGUGGAAGGACGUUGGCUUACCAUCCAGCUGGCCACUAGCAUCAGGGACCUGGUCUUGCCCACUGACCCCCUGAGACUUGCUCUCCACUCCAUUGGGACCAGAGACAGUGGGGAUGUGGACUUUGUGCUGUUUGAGAAAGGAGAAGGAAUAUGCACAGGACUGAAUGUUACCGUCCACCCAACGGGGCUCCCGGGCCAGUACCAGGGAACCUUUGAGGAGGGCAGCAUGCAUGUCCAUUUCGUCAGCACCGACUACAACCACCUCAUUCUUUAUGUACGCUUGGAGGACAGCGAAGUCAUCAACCUGUGGGCACUUCUGGCGAGAAGAAUGCUUGAGGACCCUACAUGGCUGGGGAAAUACCUGGUGUUUGUAGAGAAAUUCCACCUUCAAAAGGCUCCCAUCUUCAACAUAGCUGACCUGUACUAG